CGGAUUGUUGGCCUUAUGUAACUAUUAUAGAUCAAGAUAAUUUAAAAGUUGAAUAUAAUGGACCAGGAAGAACAUCAUCAGAUGCUGCCGCAAUUAGAACUAAUAAACCUAUUCCACCAGAAGUUGGUUUAUAUUAUUUUGAAAUAACCGUUUUGAAUAGUGGAGAAAGAUGGGUUCAUGGUACAAUUGGAUAUCAUGGAGACAAUGGUCGUCUAUAUCAUGAACGUGGAACAGGGGAAUUCUUUGGUCCUUGUUACAAUGUUGGAGAUACAGUUGGUUGCGGAAUUAAUUUUCUCAAUAUGGAGAUUUUUUUUACAAAAAAUGGUAUAAACAUAG